AGAUGCAAUUUGUGGAGUGGGCUUAUGACAAGCUUUAUGGUCCAGAUUCUUCACAAUUAGAGGUCUUUAAUGACACAUUGUCUUCCUUAUUUGAUGCAUACGUGGAGAAGAGCUUCGAUCCUAAUGAUUCAAAUUACUCAAUGGAUGAGGGUUCUUCUCAAGCACAAGGCGAUCACAGCUUACUUGAGGCUUUUGAUAACGCUUACAAAAUUGGUUCGAGUUCAAGUAUGAAGACAGAAUUGAGCAAGUAUUUGGAUGAAGCAAGGCUAGAAAGAAAGCAAGAGUUGGAUGUACUUUCUUGGUGGAAAAUGGAGCAAAUCCGAUAUCCUAUUCUUUUUCAUCUAGCUCGUGAUGUGCUCACAAUUCCCAUUUCUACCGUUGCAUCUGAAUCGGCCUUUAGCAUUGGCGGGAGAGUUUUAGAUCAAUACCGCAGCUCACUGUUGCCUGACACAGUUCAAGCUCUGCUUUGUACUCGAGAUUGGAUUUUUGGUAACAAAGAAAAAGAGCGUGCCGAAUUGGAGGAUCGUACUGAAGACGUAUUUGAUUUGACAUUGCAAGAUAGAUCUGGAGAAGGAGAAAGUCGCAAUUAAGAUGACUUAGACGUAUUUUAUUUAGU